GGAGGGAGAAGCGAAGAGGUCUUCUUAUUCUUUAUUUUUUCUUGUUGUUGUUUUUGUUAUUUUAUGCAAGAUAAUUUUUCCUCUUAUUUAAAUUUCAUGUCAAACAACAUCGCGCUUUCUUGACAACGCUAAUUUUCUUGCCACACAAUUUCAAAACAGUGCUCAAGAUCAUGCAUGACUCAUGUGAUGCAACUUUUCUCACUUAUGUUUGGUUGUAUACGCGGAUCGCUUGCAGCAGCUGUCACAAGUUUUUGCUACUUCGCACUUUAACCUGCGUCAUUUUUUUUAUUCUGCUCGCAAUGAAGUGCAAAAAGAAGAACUGCGGCCGAAAUUCAGAAUAUUUCCAGAAUCUUCAGUUCCAUCGGUUCCCGGCAGAACCCGAGCUACGGAGGAAGUGGACAGAAUUUGCCGGCCUUAAGCAGGACGUGGUUAUUCAGUCGAGUUUCCGGCUUUGCAGCGCGCACUUUACCAACGAGGACUACGUCGUGGACAAAAGCGGAAAGAGAGAGCGAAAGAAAACAGCGGUCCCCAGCAUUCCCGCCGAGCUUGAGGUUGACUCGGAUAGCGAGGAAGCGGAAACAUCCCGACCGAAUGUUCCUCUUCCGCUAUACUCUUCGCCGGCGCUGCAAGACCACAACUAUGUGGAUUUUAUUCUGAGCUGUACUCGGUGGAAUGAGUCGGAUGAUGACGAACCUGUCACCGGAACGACAACUGCGAAAAUUUGCGCCAGCCCGGGCAAGGCGAUUGUAGAUCAGCCACCGGUUAAAUCCCAGCGCUCCUCUUCAAGCCACAUCAGAUGCGCCAAGACGAUCAAGCAGUGGAAAAGAAAAACCAGCUUUUGGAAGUCCAAGGCUCUGAUGUGGCAACGAAAGUACGAGGACAAAACGGAAAAGGAAUCUUCGAACGAGCAAAAGUUGAUCAAACUUUUUCAUAAAAACCAAUCGGAUGUCCUUCUGGGGAGAAUCACACGGGUGCAGAAGUGGUCCAAGGAAAUGGUCCUGGAAGGUUUGAAGGUCCGUUUCGUGUGUGGUAGUGGCUACGACACGAUUCGACAACUUCCGUACGUAGUCCUUCCUAGCUACCGGAGCUUAACCGAGCGGCUCCAAUCGAUUCAUUUUGACACCGGAUAUCUUCGGGAAUUCCAUGAAUUUUUAAAAAUCAAGGUUCCUACGAUGAGCGACGAUGAACUUGAUUGUGGUGGAGUACUCGACGAAGUAUCGAUCGAUGAGGGGGAAGAUUUAUGCUCCAGCAAUCAUAAAAACUUCGGCAAAACAACUCUACCACCGAGUGAUGAUCUGGCCACCCACGCCAUAGUGUUCAUGCUGGUCGGCAUCAAAGUGAGAUGGAAGCAGGUUAUUGCCUACGAUUUUACGGGAAAUUCUAUUCCAAAAGGCGCGCUGAAGUCCAGGGUGGACACUAUUAUCCAAGAGUGUGAAUCCAUCGGUCUGAGAAUCCAUUUCUUCACUGCUGAUUAUGGAGCUGCCAACCGAACAAUGUGGCAUGAUUAUGGAGUCAGCACGAAGAAGGACAGCUUAAGUGCGAUUUCCGCUAUCCCACAUCCGGUGGCUCCCGGGCGUACGCUUGAGUUCAUACCAGAUCCCGUACAUGUUUUCAAGAACAUUGUACAGGGCUGGUUGUCGAACUCUGUGCUCAAGUUGCCAGAUUGGUACGUCAGUCUUCGAAGUUUGAACUCCAACAUCGUGGACACAGCUCACUUGACAAGACUAGUCCAGACUGAGCAGAACCAGCGCGUGAAAAUGGCUUAUAACCUGAUGCCUGCUGACGUUGAUUUCGAGCACCUCAAAAUUUCCAACGUGGACAAGAUGAAAGUCAGCAACUCCACGAAGUACUGCAACAAUCAUUUGGCCGCCGCUCUUAACGUCCUGGCUGAUCAGACCGGAGAAUUGUGCUUGAAAACAACGGCCGCUUUCAUAGCAGACCUCGUUCUUUGGUACGAAGUGAUGACAUCUCGAACCAGCGAAUUUUCGUUGAAAGCAUCGGACCCUACAUUUACGAAUCAUUUGAAUAUGAUGGUUAAACUCAUCCCGGACAUCAAGGCUGGAGCAGAAGGUCACUGGAAACCAUGGCAGUUCGCGUUUGUCAUGAGCACAACGGCGGUACUUCGUUUGGCCAGAAUGCUGAUCGAAGAAAAAGGGUACUCGGAAGUCUUCUGCUCGAGGUUUGACCAGAACUGCUUGGAGAGUCUGUUUUCGGUUGUACGUUCCAAGCAAAAACGUCCAACGGCCCUCCAAUUCCGUUGCCAUUUACGGACUAUCGCAAUUUCGCAAUACAUGCGGGAAGUGCCGGGCAGUUCGUAUGACAUGGACGAAGGAUCUUAUUUGAACAACUUCAUGGACUAUGUUGACCAAAAGAACAAGGAGGAAAAGCUAGAGAAGAAAAAAAGCCUAGCUGCUCGCCAAAUUGUGAUGACCAACUCAGAUGCUCCUGUUGUGUACGUAGAGAGUAGAGCGCUGCAGCUUCUGUCCCACUAUAACAACGCUGAGGCAAAUGCCACAUAUCACACCGCUGGUUAUGUUCUUGGUAGCAUUGCCAAGAGAAUGAAACAUCGCGAUUGUUGCCUGAAACAUUGCAUAAGAAAAACACCUCUGGAAAAGCAUUAUGCCAAAUACUCGAGCUUGCUGGCCAACGCUCGAAGAAAGCCGUAUGUUUUCGUUACUCAGAUUGUUUUUUACUUCGUUUUGUGUCUAGAAGCUAGCUGGGAUGAGCACUGGCAGACUGGAGAAAAAAUCAGUGGUGCAGCUCUGGCUGAACUGGAAGUAAAAUUGUCUGUUUUUAACUUGAAAGUUCCUUCGUGCCAUAAUCUGAAGGGCAAGAUCAUCAGGACAUUCAUUCGCUUUAAGUCUAAGACGGCCCGUGUGAAGAAAAUGAGGAAACGGAAGUAUGACAGCCGUAGCAUGGUUGUUUAAGUUUUUUUUAUUCAUUGUUACAUUGUACUGCACUGA